AUGGCGAUUCAAAAAAAGCACGGCAAAGGCCGUUUGGACAAGUGGUACAAACUUGCCAAAGAAAAGGGCUACCGGGCUCGUGCCGCCUUCAAGUUGAUUCAGUUGAACAAGAAGUAUGGAUUCUUGGAAAAGAGCAAAGUCUUGCUGGAUCUUUGCGCCGCGCCAGGUUCAUGGUGUCAGGUUGCAGCAGAGGUUAUGCCAGUCAACAGUUUGAUUGUUGGAGUCGACCUGGCGCCCAUCAAGCCCAUUCCUAGAGUCAUCACCUUCCAGAGCGACAUCACAACAGACAAGUGCCGUGCUACCAUCCGCCAACACUUCAAGACUUGGAAAGCCGAUACGGUUCUGCACGAUGGUGCUCCCAAUGUUGGUACUGCUUGGGCUCAGGAUUCUUUCAACCAAGCAGAACUCGCACUCCAGUCCAUGAAACUCGCGACUGAAUUUCUUGCCGAAGGAGGAACGUUUGUGACCAAGGUCUUCAGAUCCAAAGAUUACAACCCGCUCCUAUGGGUGCUGAAUCAAUUGUUCACCAAAGUCGAAGCCACUAAACCCCCCUCGUCUCGAAACGUCUCGGCCGAAAUUUUCGUCGUUUGCCGCGGAUACAAAGCACCCAAGCAUAUCGAUCCUCGCUUCUUGGACCCGAGAUCAGUCUUCGCAGAGCUUUCCGGCGCCACCCCAAACAAUGAAGCCAAGGUCUAUAAUCCAGAGGUGAAGAAGCGAAAGCGUGAUGGUUACGAAGAAGGGGAUUACAUACAGUUCAAAGAAAUUGCGGCAAGCAGUUUCAUCCAGACAAAUGAUCCCAUAGCCAUUCUUGGUUCCUACAACAAGCUCUCCUUUACUCAGGCGCCUAAUGGCGACAUUGCGCUUGCUGCUCUGGAUAAGCUGCCCGAGACUACUGCGGAGAUUCGGGAAUGCUGUGCCGAUUUGAAAGUUCUUGGGCGCAAGGAAUUCAAACUUCUUCUCAAAUGGAGAUUGAGAGUGCGAGAAAUCUUCGGCCUCUCACAGAAAAAGUCAGCAGAUACUGCCGAAGCCGAGGAAGUGGCUGGGGUAGAAUCAAUGGACGAGGAGUUACGAAUACAAGAAGAACUACAAGCCCUAAAGGACACAGAGAAUUCCAAGAGGAAACGGGAGAGGCGCAAGGAGAAUGAACAAAAGCGCAAAGAGAUCAUUCGCAUGCAGCUGAAUAUGAUGGCGCCUAUGGAUAUUGGUAUGGAAGAAUCCGGACCGCUGGGAGAGGGAGCCAUGUUUUCUCUAAAGACUAUUGACAAGACUGGUGGCAUGAACCGUUUCUCCCGGGGCAAAAUGGCCGUAUCAAAUUUGAAAGAUUCAAAAGAUAUCGACCUGGGUAUCUCCACAGAGCCAGUUGAGAGCGACAGCGAAGAAGACGGUCUGGAGACUGAGCUCGAUGCUAUGUACGAACAAUUCAGAGAGCGCAAACUGGAAGCGGACACCAAGUACCGGGCUAAAAAGGCAAGAAAGGAGCACAAAGAUGACGAGUGGGAGGGCCUUUCAGCAGGUGAAGAGGCAGAGAGUGACGCAAGCGAGCUGGAGGAAGAUGACGACUCAUCCGAUGACGAUGAAGACGGUUCACUACCUACAAACGGAUUCUUAACGGAUUUAGAUGGCCAGACAGGGGAGACCCAAGACGGCUUGUCCAAAAAGGCAUCCGCUUUCUUCAGCCAGGAUAUCUUCAAAGAGAUAACUGGAGGCUCUCUUCUUGGGGGAGAGGAUGAUGUGACGAUUGAGGCAUCCAGUACGACUACGCGCUCACAAGAGCUGCCCACGCGGACAGCAAAACAAAAAGCAUCCCUGAAUGAACAGGAAGAUGAUUCAGAGAAUGACGGUGGAUUCGAGGUCGUUAAGAUGGAUGAUGAUGAUAAUUGGGAAGACAAAGAGAGGCGACGAGCAGAUGGAAGACCUGACAUUGAUAUCAUCACGGCCGAAGCAAUGACUCUAGCACACCAACUUGCCACGGGACAGAAGACUACCCACGAUGCUAUCGACGAUGGUUUCAAUAAGCGUGCAUUCCGCGACAGGGAUGGAUUGCCCGAAUGGUUCAUUGAUGACGAGGGUAAACACGACAAGGCCCUGAAGCCAAUAUCAAAGGCAGCGGCCAAUGCUAUCAAGGAGAAACUAAGAGCCUUCAACGCCCGACCGAUCAAGAAGGUUCGAGAAGCAAAGGCACGAAAGAAGUUCAAGACGGCCCAGAAGCUGGAGAAGCUGAAGAAGAAGUCAGACAUGCUUGCUGCUGAUGAAGGCAUGACGGAGAAGGAAAAGGCGGAGAGCAUAUCCAAACUUAUUAGCAGGGCGAACCGUCAAAAGCCUCGACAGCCAGCCAAGCUCGUUGUGGCCAGGGGAUUAAACAAGGGUAUCCAGGGCCGACCAAAGGGUGUCAAGGGACGGUACAGAAUUGUUGACGCCAGGAUGAAGAAGGAGCUGCGAGCACAAAAGAGAAUUCAAAAGAGGAAGAAAUAG